AUGACGGAUAAUAUCUAUCUCGGGUCGACGUCGACUUCGCAAGCCGGUCCGAACCAAGAGUGGCGGUAUGCCGCUGAGGGAGGAGCCAACCUUGUAAUGUCCUACAUCGGACGAGAUUCUCGACUUCAGGGCAAGCUACUUCGGCUGCGCAAGAGGAAAUGCUGCGCUUCGCAGGUCGGUGGAUCGGCGAUCCCCAGCGAGGUGCAGGUCGAGUUCGGGGAGAGGAUCAUCACGCCUUUGUUGGGAAGCGACUUUGUCGUCGAGGCGCGGAUACACGAGGUCAAUGGACGAUGGUUGUCUAAUAUGGCGAUGGCCCUCGAGGAAAGUGGUGUAAGGCCACCACAUCGAAGUAGGGAGGACGAGAUUGACGAUCAGGUCGGAAUGGUGGUCCUCGCGGAUGACAUGCUGUAUGGGGAUGAUGUCUUGACCGUGGAGAUAAAGGCCAGUUAUAUACGAUCAAAUAUAAAGACCAGGGACGGACAUCAGGAGCUAACACGACAGCUUCGUUUCCUGCCUGCCGAGACAGCCAAAGUGGGGCUUCCUGCCUUCGCCGACCCACCUCAGCUCCGAGUCCAAGCACAUCAAACAGACCUAUUGUCGAUUCUGCAUGCAUCGGUACUACAAAUCAGAGGACCGAGAAUCUGAGAUCAAGACGCACCAGGGAGGAUAUUGCCCCCUCGAUCUCUACAGCCGAGAUAGGAGUCGUGUCGAACGUGCCGUACACGCUCUGAACCCGCUGCGAGCGAGCGAGUCGAAAGGAGCAUUGGCAGGGAACAUGCGCAUAUUCGUUGGGGGACGGAAGCUAGACACCUCAUUGGUGAAUGAGGUAUCAUGCGUGGCGUCGCUGGAUGAGUACUUCGAUGCUGACUUUUGGAUCUCCUUGAUCAGACUCCAGGCGUCGCCGAUGAAAACAGACGAGCUGUCGACAGCUUCUUCGAAGCGCAGGAAGACGGCUUGGAAGAGGUUGUUACGGACUUUCUGAUGGACUCUGCAGUUCUCGAAAAGCUUGGCUGUCUACAGUCCUCCCUCGACCGUCUCGAUAUAGAAGGCCUCGCAUCACGAAUUGAACAAGUCCAUGGCGUAUCACUCUUCUCGACGGACGUCGACCUCUCCCCACUCGGUCCGCAACCCACACAAGACGAAUGGGUCGAUUGGCUUGCUUCGUCCCGAGGCUCGCCCUCCAGCGGCUGUUCAAAUGAAGCCGACGAGCUGAGAUCAGAGAUUCUGGCCUAUCUCCUCUCGGCGACGUUCAAAGACUGCUCCAUCAUGAUGCGUCUACGUCGACUUCCAGAAGGGAGUCCAAGCGAGCCUCGCUUCGAGCGUACGAUCAAAGCGAUUGAUCUAGAUCCCAAGCCGAUCGACCGGCUGGGCAAGUACUUCCAGAUGGAUCGAGAGAUCGUGAGGACCUGGACCGCGAUGCUGGAGAAUGCGGAACGGCCGGAUCAGAUCCGAAAGUGUCUGGUGUAA